AUGUCUGACGACGAGCCCGACCACGAGCUCCUCGAGCUCCUGCGGCAGCACAUGCAAGGGAAGCUCACCCUCAACCAAGAGCCCGAGACAGGGGUUCUCGAGGGCGCGGAGUGGGUGUACGACAACUCGAUCGACGUCGCACUCGACAUGCGCUCCUGCAAGAACGCGGCCGCAGCCAUCUACGCCCAGAUGAAGGAGAAGCAGUACUCGCCUGCGACUUGGUCGUCUCACGAACUGCACCCGGACCGCUGGGAGCUAGGCGAUGAGGAGACUGUCGCUUUCAUCUUUACCAUGGACCUGCUCAACUUCUCGUUUUGGAGUGAGAAGAAGGAGGAGGACCGGUUUGCGGUUGAGUACGGCGGCAAACGGUGGACUGGGUACUGGAGCUUGGUGGCUGCAUUGCGGCGGGCGUUGGACGAAGGCAUUCCCAUCACGGACCCCCACUUCUGGCAAAGUGAAGAUGAGUGCACGCUGGACGUCCUCAAAAACGUUUUUCGGUGCUCCACAAACGAGCAAAUGCCGCUGUUGGAAGAACGGCUAGCUUGCUUGCGCGAAGCCGGCAAGGUGCUGUAUGAAAAAUACCAUUGCAGUCCCAUAAAGCUGAUUGACGCUGCCGACGGAUCUGCCGCAGCAUUAGUCAACCUGCUGGCAAAGGACUUUGACUGCUUCCGCGACGAACAUCCCUUUGAAGGGCGGCGGAAGCCAAUCCGUUUCCUCAAACGGGCGCAGAUCUUGGUCGCAGACCUGUGGGCCUGCUUUGAAGGGGAGGACUAUGGCGAGUUCCGCGAUAUCGACAAAAUCACCAUGUUUGCGGACUAUCGGAUACCGCAGAUUCUCAACAACAUGGGGUGCCUCUUUUACAGCCCGCCGCUGGAGGCAGCAAUACGGGCCAAGAAAGAUAUUCCGCAGGGUGGGAGCUGGGAGAUGCAACUCAGAGCUUGCAGCAUUUGGUGCGUGGAACUGCUCCGCAAGGAAAUCGUCAGACAACACCCAGACACCCAGAUAAACGCCAUUCUCAUGGACUUCUUCCUCUAUGACACAAUAAAGGAGAUGGAGGACCAAGGCAAGGAGGUGGCUCCCCACCAUCGAACACGGAGCAUCUGGUACUGA